GCCGCCGCCGCCGCCGCUUUGUUGUCGCCUCCUCCGCCUGAGGAGGCUCCCCGAGCGGGGGGGAGUGGGGAGGAGGGGGGUCGGCCGCUGCAGCCAUGGAGGCCAACUGGACCGCGUUCCUGUUCCAGGCCCAUGAAGCCUCCCAUCACCAACAGCAGGCAGCACAGAACAGCUUGCUGCCCCUCCUGAGCUCUGCUGUGGAGCCCCCUGAUCAGAAACCAUUGCUUCCAAUACCAAUAACUCAGAAACCUCAGGCUGCUCCAGAAACAUUAAAGGAUGCCAUUGGGAUUAAAAAAGAAAAACCCAAAACUUCCUUUGUGUGCACUUACUGCAGUAAAGCUUUCAGGGACAGCUAUCACCUGAGGCGCCACGAGUCCUGCCACACAGGCAUCAAGUUGGUGUCCCGGCCAAAGAAAACCCCCACCACGGUGGUUCCCCUUAUCUCCACCAUCGCUGGGGACAGCAGCCGAACUUCGUUGGUCUCAACCAUUGCAGGCAUCUUGUCAACAGUCACUACAUCUUCCUCGGGCACCAACCCCAGCAGCAGUGCCAGCACCACAGCUAUGCCCGUGACGCAGUCUGUCAAGAAACCCAGUAAGCCUGUCAAGAAGAACCAUGCUUGUGAGAUGUGUGGGAAGGCCUUCCGAGAUGUGUACCACCUCAAUCGGCACAAGCUCUCCCAUUCGGACGAAAAGCCCUUCGAGUGUCCUAUUUGUAAUCAGCGCUUCAAGAGGAAGGACCGGAUGACUUACCACGUGAGGUCUCACGAAGGAGGCAUCACCAAACCCUAUACUUGCAGUGUUUGUGGGAAAGGCUUCUCGAGGCCUGACCACUUAAGCUGUCACGUAAAACAUGUCCAUUCAACAGAAAGACCCUUCAAAUGCCAAUUUUCCUCCCUCAUGCAGACGUGCACUGCUGCCUUUGCCACCAAAGACAGACUGCGGACACACAUGGUACGCCACGAAGGCAAGGUAUCCUGUAACAUCUGUGGGAAGCUCCUGAGCGCAGCAUACAUCACCAGCCACUUAAAGACACACGGGCAGAGCCAAAGUAUCAACUGUAAUACAUGUAAACAAGGCAUCAGUAAAACAGCGUGCAUGAGUGAAGAGACCAGCAGCCAGAAGCAGCAGCAGCAGCAGCAGCAGCAGCAUGUGACGAGCUGGCCAGGGAAGCAGGUAGAGACACUGAGACUGUGGGAAGAAGCUGUCAAAGCAAGAAAGAAAGAAGCUGCUAACCUGUGCCAAACCUCCACGGCUGCUACGACACCUGUGACUCUCACUACUCCAUUCAAUAUAACGUCCUCUGUGUCGUCUGGGACUAUGUCAAACCCAGUCACAGUGGCAGCUGCAAUGAGCAUGAGAAGUCCAGUAAAUGUUUCAAGUGCAGUUAACAUAACCAGCCCAAUGAACAUAGGGCACCCUGUGACUAUAACCAGUCCAUUGUCCAUGACCUCUCCUUUAACACUCACUACCCCAGUCAACCUCCCCACCCCCGUCACCGCCCCAGUGAAUAUAGCACACCCUGUCACGAUCACGUCUCCAAUGAACCUGCCCACGCCUAUGACGUUAGCUGCCCCUCUCAAUAUAGCAAUGAGGCCUGUAGAGAGCAUGCCUUUCUUACCCCAAGCUUUGCCUACAUCACCACCUUGGUAAACAGUAUUAUAAAAUCAAAAUAUGGGUUCAAGUAAAUAUUUACCAGCAACUUACUUUUAGUUUAUUAAAGCAAAAAGUAAACCAUGAAAUUGGGAGAUUUAUUACAUUAGUUAAUAAUAGUGUAGUAGCAUUAUUCUCCAAUUUGGCUGGGAUUGUUCAAAGUAGGGUGUGUAUGUCACUUAUCACUGGACCACUUUAGUUUAAUCAGAAAUUCCUUUUAGCUGACAGCAUUGCUUAAACAGGAUAGUAGUUGGCAAGAUGAAAGCCGGAAUUAAAACCAAUCAUGAAAAAGCAAAACCCAUUUCAAAAUUAAAAAGCAGCAUUACUGUUUUUGAUCCCAAGAAAUCAUUUUAUUCUGAACACUAGCAGAACUCUUCUCCCCAUAUAUACAAGGUGGAUGGCUGAUUUUAACCUGAAGUUCUAAAUCCAGGGAUUGAGAGCUAGUGUAAAAUUGUCUGUGUUUAUUGUUUUUAUGAGUAAAUACAUGCAUUGUCAUAAUAAAAUGCAUUUCAGAGAAUAUGCAUUUUACCUUUGGGAAUAUGUUAAUUUCAGGCAGCAUUCCCUAUGGGAAAGGUGAUACCAGCUCUGAUAUGCAAAGCAUAUGAUAAUUUAUCAUUCUAUCUUCAACAUAUAAUAGGGAUUGUGACCUGAUAUUUGGAGAUGUAAAUAUUGCUCAGCAUACUAAUCCUGAUGGAAUAUAGCAUUGUAGUUGACUUUUUUAAAAAACUUAAAAAAACAAACAAAAUAUACACAUUGUGUUUUGGUAAGAAAAGGCCGCAGCUGACAGAGGAGAAGUCAAGUGUGCGGACAGGCAGACUCCUAACAAACAGAGGCCAAUGGGACUCCUAUUCAGGGGUCAAGGAGUACUUUGGAACAGUUAAAAUAUAUUGCUUUAAUUGGAAGACGCUGGAGGCACUGGGAUGUGAUAUGCCCCUCUCUCUCCCAAUCAGAGCCUGUUGAUAUUUCAACAGGGAAAGGUGUGUUAGUUGCUCACUAGAGUUUAUGUCUUAUAUUAAAUUGUAUACAGUUUUUAUUCUAACCACUAACUAGGUAGUAUGCCCCUUCAGAACAAGCAGAGUGUAUCUUUUUUUUUUAAGUUCUCCUUCUGUUUCUUAAGUAUUGUGCAGAUUUGUUCAACUUUGUAAAUAUGGACAUCACUUUUUGUUCUUUGAGAAAACACUUGUAUCAGCUUUGUCGGGUUUUCAGGGAGACAGCUGUCUGCACUCCCUGCAGAAAUCCAGCAAUGAUUGUGCACGUUAAGACAUGUGCUUUUUAUUUCUUAGCAGGAUGUUUUAUCUCUGUACAUAGUACAAAGUAGAAACCAAAAGCUAGGGAGACAGAUACUCUUUACACCAUCAUGUCACACAUUAAUGUUUUUAAAGCAUUGUGUUUUGAAAAAGAAGUUACUAAAACCAAGGCGCUGUGAUUAUUUUUUUUUAAGUUGCAAUAUGUUUUGGGUUUUUUUUCCUUUUUUUAAUCUUGCAGUUAAGAGAAAUGGACAUUAGUUGUGUUAAUCUUGCAGAAUGUUUGCAGGACUGACUAUCAAACUGGAUGACUUCCAUUUAUACCCCACUGUGUCAGUUCAAGCAUCAAAAUACCUUGCAUCUGAGGCAGACUUCCUACAUCAGGGACAGGUAUCUGUGUGUCAUUAUACAAAACAGUUCGAGGGGGUUGAACUACGUAGUAAAAAAAUAAAAUAAAUAGUACUUAGUGUAAAAUAAUUUUAUAAAUGAUCUUUUGUACUUUAGGACAUUAAAUUGUACAACUUUUGUAUAUAUAAAAGCUUAGGAACUUUCUGUUUAGCAGGAAGGCAACACAUUCCUACACUUUUAAUGUAUAUGUUUGUUAUAAUGUCCAUGUAAACAUGCCCUAUGUUUGUGCCUUUUAAUUAGUUUGUCUCAAUAAACAAAAUGUAGAGAAAAAUAUGUAGCUAUGACUUUGUUACAACUGUUCCUAUCCACAGUACCAAAAUGGUUUGUUUUUAAUAUGUAGAGCAGUAUGUGUGGACUACUGGAAGGACUCGUGUAGGGAAGGCCCAUGCGUGGCCCUGCUGAGGUCUGGAUUGGGCAGGUCUUGGCCACAUUUGGAGGAAGCCAACGUUUCCUGGCAUGCAGCCCCAGGACCGGGUUCUGGCUCUGCCCGCUAGGACCUGUCGUCUCUCUCUGGCUGGGCUGGCAAUCACAAUCCUCCAUGAUUGAGAUGGCCCUGGCUUCCUCCACAAUGGCCCAAGGAGCAGUCCUCAGUGGGGGCAGGUGUGGACCCUACCCCCAGGCUAGAGUGUGGUCGUCAGAACCCUAAAAGUAUUAGUUCUUUAAAAAAAAAAAAAAAGAUAUAUACUAGGAAUGAUUGCUUUAUCAAUUCAUUGUAUAAUAAACAGGAGUGAGAAUUCAUUGUAUGACUUCAGUUAAAAUGAUAUUUUGUAUGCAUUCUUUAUUCACUUAAGCUUGUCUGCAAUAAUAAACCCACGUCGUGUCUUCUUUUGGGAGGGAGAGAGUUGGCAGGCUGGGGGUGGCAGUGGGCCACUGAAAGCAGGGGCCGAGUAGGUUGUGUGGUGAAAUUCUCCUGUCUUGGAACUGGAAUUGAGUUUUGAUGCUGAUGAACUGAUUCAACCAAAUGUUGAAGGCAAGAAGGCCACCGCUCACGAAAAAAGCAGAGAGUUUGUUUUUCUCUUCUGGUUGUAACCUGGUUGAGAGCUUCCCCUUUAUCAGAUUGGCAGCUAAACAGUUGUAUUAGAUCAUCCUCAAAUCUGACAUCCAGCCUGUUAUGCUCUAGGGCUCGCUGCUUGGCCUACAUUUGCCUUUUAUUGUGUAUCCAUUUCCCUCCUAAGGUGUGCUCCUAAACGAAGGUUUCUAUGUAAGCAGAUGGAUGAUUUUUCCUGUCAAUACCAGCACUGUAUUACUAACAUGCAAAAACUGCAGAUUUAUUUUGACAAAUUAAAGUUAACCGGUCACAAA